CUCGAGGACAUCCCUUUUCAAGGGAGAUUCUCGCUGCUCCUUUGCCAAAUAAUUUCAAGGAGACCAACUUGGUGUAUGACGGGUCAUCUGACCCAUCGAGGCAUGUGAGGACCUUUGAGAAUAUGGCGGUGUUGCAUGGAUACUCUGAUUCUGUUUGUUGCAGGGCGUUCUUAUCGACCUUACGCGGAGGAGCGCUUGACUGGUUUCAUCAAUUACCUUCGGGAUCGAUUGCGGAUUUUGAGGAUCUUGCCGGCAAGCUCACUAAUCAAUAUUCGAGCGCAGUGGCACAAGAGAAGACUUACUUGACCCUUAUGGCGAUGAAGCAGGGGGAGAAGGAAUCGCUGAGAAAGUAUGUUGCUCGAUAUAAUAAAACAUGUUUGGAAGUGCACUCCGCUUCAGAUGAGGUGAAAGCAGGAGGAUUGAUUAGGAGUCUUCGAGCAGGGCCCUGCCGAACUUCUUUGGCAAAGACCCCGGCUCGAUCAUACGAGGAUGUUCUAAAGCGGUGCAGGAAGUACAUUAAUCUGGAGGAGAUGGAGAUGGAGUUUGCAAAGCUCGAGGGGAUGUCCCAACCAGAACCGAAGAAAGAGCAAAACCGCCCAAGGGGGAGAUCACCAAGGAGAAGCUCGCCUAAGAGGAGCGAGCAGAGGAGAGCGUCUCCUCGAAGGAGGAGUGGAGAUGCGAAAAGGAAAAAGAGAGAUGAGUGGCAGAGGAGGCCUAUGGU